AUGAGUAAACUUGAAACGAUUAGUCCCUCUCCUGACUCUGACGCUGGUGGUGUAGAUUACGAUAAUAACUACAAAAAGGAAUCGAGUGUUACUGGUAGUACUGGUAGCUGUCUGAGCAGAAGUAGGAAAUUUGCAUGCGUAGAGUGUCGGCAGCAGAAAUCCAAAUGCGAUGCUCACGAUAGGGCACCAGAGCCCUGUACUAAAUGUCAGAAGAAAGGUGUGCCAUGUGUACUAAAGAAAGAUUUCAGAAGAACCUACAAGAGGGCAAGAAAUGAAGCUAUCGAAAAGAGGUUCAAAGAACUGACUAGGACCUUAACGAAUUUGAGCUCUGAAGAAAUUUUAAAAAAGAUCGAACAAGAACAGCAAGCAUUAUUAGAUGGACAGAAUUUUACCAAGGACAAAGUUAAGAGGCUCAAACAGUCUGGAAUCACCGUCACCCCUACGUCCACAGCGGCAGAUGGGUCACAAAGGGCUAAUCCACUGGGAUCUGAUUGGAUCUACGAAUUUGAACAUAUGCAAAACGUGAAAGAGAUGACCCCGGAACAACUGAAAUGUACACCAAAGACUCUAGGUGAUAUCUAUAUGUCUAGUGAAGACAUUGCAGAGCUGUUUCAAGAGUUUGCCAAGAGAUAUCAUCCGUUUUUACCUGUAAUUGACAUUACCAAAGGUGCUGAAAGAAUUUACCGGCUAUCGCCAUGCCUAUUUUGGGUGAUGAUCUUGACAGGUCUACGUCGAAAGUUCGGUGCUACAGAACUAAUGACAAAGCUUUCCAGUAUGGUCAAAUCUAUAUUGGCGGAAAUUACAAUUUCCCCCAUUAUUCGAUAUACUCCUUCGGACAGCGAUGAGCCCGUACUCAAUGUGGCCUCCGUGUAUUCGGUCCAAGCUUUUUUACUUUACACCUUUUGGCCACCAUUAACGUCAUCAUUAAGUGCCGAUACUUCAUGGAAUACUAUCGGUACCGCCAUGUUCCAGGCAAUACGUGUAGGUCUUAAUUCUGCAGAAUACUCCCGAGAAUAUGCAACUGCCAACCACGAAUUAAUUAGUGAGCAAGUUAGAACAUGGGUUUGUUGCAAUAUUGUAUCUCAAUACAUAGCAUCCUCAUUCGGGUUCCCUGCAUACGUUUCAUUCGAUCACACGGUGAUAAACGUAUCACGGGAAUCACCAAAUGAUGCUGAACAUUCAGGCGUGCCAACUUCCAUAAAGCAAAUGGCUCAAAUUGUCCACUUCGAGAAUCAAGUUAUUAAUACCAUGAACUCUAACCCGUCAAAUGCAUUGGGUAUAGUCGGUAGCGAACAGAAACAGCCAUUGUUAAAAGUUCUAAACCAGCAGUUGACGCAAUUAGAAAUCAAUUUGGAAAAUAACGAGUUGGACAGCAUAAGGAAAUUCCUGUUUCUAGUGGCAAAGGCCCACCUUUUAACAUAUUACUUUAUGGAUGCCUUUUCUACCCAUAAAAAGAACGAUAACGAUAUUCGAACGUUAUCCUUGUCAGAGAUUGAAUCAAAUUUUGAGACCAAAUGUGGGUUGGUCAAAGUUUACAAUGCAUCCAUCGAUUUACUGACGCAUUCUACCAACAUGUGGCAGAGAGAUCCAGCCGUAAUCAAAUAUUUCCCCGGUGUAUUUGUGCUGAACAUCUGGCAAGCAGCUUGCAUAAUUAGUAAAUUGGUUCAUUCAUCGCUUUCAUCCGUACUAGAUGUUGCCAAGGGUAAGAAAGCGUAUCAAGAUGCCGUAUCAUUAACUUUCAAUGCGUCUGUUCUAAAGCACGAUAUGGCAUACAGGUCUUCUGGUAUAAUGAGGAGCAUCUGGAGCAUGUUCGCAAAGAUGCAUGACGACUGGAAGAAAGAUAGAGUGAGCCAGGAUGAGAAAUUCGCCAAUGAUUUUAACUUGGGCAUAAGUGUCAAAUCAAGAAUGUCUGUAAGCGUAUUUUUUGACUGCCUCUAUAUCCUUCGAGAGAAAUGUGGGAUGGCUAAAUUGAAGAGAGAAUCUCGGAAAUACGAAGAUGAUGAGGAAUAUGGCGAAGAAGCCAUCCAAGAGGGUUCUCGAUUAGAAAUCAACAGAGGAGAACGCGAGAGAAGGUUGAGUGAGGUUAAAGAUCCAGAAGAGGAUGCUAGAAAGAUCAUAAGAACCAUUCCACUGGAUCCAAAUCCCAUCAAUGCAAGUAAUGCAAGCAGUACUAGUAGCCUUGGUUCUCCAACAAGUCAAACACCUGAUGUGGUCCUAUUGAAAGAUAUGCUCUCAAGAUCAUCCCCCAGAGAAGAAAUAGCAUCACGCAGAACGUCAUCACAUCAAUUGGCUACACUUCCUGAAGCGCGGGCCGUUUCUAGUGGACCUCACACUUCGUUACCGUCGGUAUUUAGCAUAAGGAAAUCUCAAGAACCUGUGAGAAGGGUACCCACAGCAGAGCAUGUGAGAACUAUGGCUUCUAAUGGAGGCGCUAGUGGUGCUGCUCCCAGUUCAGUACCGACACAACCCUCUAAUGAAUCGCCCAAUGCCAUGAUGGAACAUUGGGAUAACUGGGAAUCUGAUAUGGUUUGGAAAGAUGUCGAUCUUCUGCUGAACGAAUUUGCUUUCAAUCCUGCUGUAUAG